ACAAAUGGUAAUAUGGUGAGGAGUCCAAAAGAAUUGAGGGAUACAUUUUAUGCAGAAAGAGGAAGCAAAUGACUUUAUGGAUGAUCCCUUACUUCUAAUUGUCGCUCUAUCUGCUCAAUAGCAUAAUUCAAAUUUUGUUUUUAUUAAGAUGCAAUAAACACGGUAUAUUUUGUUUCUUUAGUAUAACCAAAUUAACAAAUAUGUGAGAAUCGGGUUGUUUGACAACAAGGGAAAUACACCGGCAACACCGAAACCUACAAGAUGCAACAGCAGUAGACAAUGUCCUUGUGAUCCAAUCAUAAUUAGAUCUAUUUUACCAAAAUGGAACUAUAAAUUAAUUAAGCAACACAGAACGAAUUGCAUCUGUUUAGUCUCUUAUUCUAUUACUAUAAAUUUGUGUUUGCUGGAUUAGUAGGAGAGCAAAAGAUUCAUUAAAAAGACUUGUCAAGUUUUUACCGCCAACUUCCCUUUAAAAGUAAGAUGAUUUAUUAGUGUAAGUCAAUCAUUUGUUUACCUUUACAAUCUUGAUAUAUGCCUUGUAAUCUACUUGCGCUAUAUUAUAUAUAAAAAAAAGAAGGUUAAAUCGUUGCUUAGUUAUUUAUUAUAUAUUCAUUCUGUUUAGUUACUAAUACUCUCGCCAAGUAAUGUUAUUGAAAUGCCAAUUGUCUACAACGGAUCUCGGUUCAAAACUUCAAGAACAUGGAUAAAACUGAUUCCAUAUCAGAGCUAGAAGAGAAAUUCCAGUUGUAGAAGCAAGACCUGGAAUCUAAGGGCCUUUAGGUUAACUUAGCAGAGACUAAAGUCCUAGUAAGCAAGAAAACUGACAGGACCCUACUAUCCCCUUCAGUUGCUGAAAACAGAUACCAUCAAAUUGAAUCACCAAUGGAUGCCUCUACUCUUCCUGUCUGGUCAACAUCAUUAGGAUUGCUACCAUCAAUAUUGACACAAUGAAAGAUAUUACAUUUUGCAGAAAAACUAUCAUUAUCAAACCCCUUAUUCUACGGAGGAUGCUUUUCAAGAGUGUGAAACGAUUUACUAUGUUUGAAGGGACUGAGAAAAAGAUAAUCUAAAAUAAAGACAAAGCAAAAACAAAACGACAACAAAAAAAACAUCCAAUUUCUGCAAACUCUGCUGUGCUGAAAAAGAUUGAUAUACUUUGAUUGAUGUAUUCUGGUUCGAACUGGCUUUCAUGAAAAUUUAAAUUACACAGAAAGAAAGAAAUAGUUGAGUUAUUUACAAAUUAUUUUGUAAAUUUAAAAAGUAUUAAAUUUUUUCUUCUUUUUGAUCUUUGAUUUUUCAGUUGGAAAAAAUAAACAUCCUUCUGAACAAGAAAAAAAAAAAACAUGCUAAGCAACAAAAAAAAUAUUUAUAUUCUUACAAAGAAGCAAAACUGAAGGAAGCAAAAACAAUCAUUGUAGGAAAUAUUCUUAUUUGAUAUUCAGAAAAAUUCAUUUCUAUUGAGAAGUUAAAAAAAAAAAAUUGGAAAAGAAACAUUUUUUUAAAAUUAGGAAAAAUGGAACUAAAUAAUUUAUCUGGUUUUAUUUGAUUUAUCUCAUUGUUUAAACACUCACAUGUGCACACACACAUGCACAUAUUUAUUGUUGGCCUGAGAUUAAUCUCUGUUACUAUACACAGUUUCACAUUUAGUAACAGAAAGUAAUCGGCUAUACUAUAAAUAUUUAUGUUCUACUUUUGUAUUGAGUACUUUUUCUAAAUUCAGACAAAUAUACACACAUAUACAUAUAUUUAAAAGAUAGUGAUAAAACCUCAGAUACAUACACACACAUACAUUAAAAGGUUUGAUUGAUUGACAGAAUGGGAGAAAUUAAUGGUUAUAUUAAUGUAAGAGUGAGAUAGACUGACAUAUAUAUAUUCAGAGAAAAACAGGAAGAAAUUUUCUUGUUUUGGAAUUUUUUCCAAUUUGAUUUUAGAAACUUUAUUAUAAAUGUUAUGAAACUGAAUUUUUAUUUCUAACUAAAUAUUACAAUCUUUGUAAAAUUGUCAUGGAAAGUCAUCUUGGACAUAGUGGAGGGAAAAACAUGCGUCAAAAGCAGUUCCUUCCCUGCAGCAAUGCUGGUCAUGCCCCACCCAUACAUAAAAUGCCCCACAUGCACUCAGAAAAAGUAUACCAUGGAAAUAUGUGUAACCCAAAAUCCUAUCCACCAAACUGCAGUUCCAUGCAUAUGCACAAUCGGUUACAUAGUGCUACUGCUGUCAGUAAACCUUAUUGGGACAUUUAUGGCAAGCCUCUCUCAUUGGGAAAAACCUUGCCACAAUCAUCAAUACCUCCUCCAAUGCCAACAAUGGCACCACCAAUCCCCCCUUUACCUCUACCAUCUCCAAGUUCCUCUUCCUCUUCAUCCUCAUCUUCACCACUGAUAAAUCAACCAAAAGGUACUGCUUCAUCAUCGCCCUCCCCCCAUCACACUUCUCGCAAUAUCAGCAAGCCUUUCCAUUGUGAUGCCUGCCCAUCAAUGUCACCUCACCAGGCACACAUAAACCAGUACCAGCAUCUCGACAAGGUUUCCAACUUUCACUGCGAUAUCUGUCCACCUCCACACAUGCCACCUCUUCUGCCGUCCUCUCCAUCAACACCUUCACCUUCCAAUUCAACAUCCCACCACCAGCAUUGCGAUAUAUGUCCCCCUUCAUCAACUUGCUCUUCCCAGCCCAUGUCAUCACCACCCAUUGUUCAUCCUCAUCACCAAAAUCAUCCACAACAAUCAUUACAGCCUCCACCACCACCAUCACCUAUUUCAACAGUAACCACACCACAUCAACAAUCACAGCAACAGCAGCAGCAGCAGCAUCAACAACAGCAGCAACAACAGCAACUAUCCAACCAACAUGUUCAUCAAGAGAAACCAUAUCACUGUGAUGUUUGCCCACAUCAAUUUGCCCGUCGAGAUGCAUUGCAGUGUCAUAAAAGGACUCAUACUGGUGAGAAGCCUUUCCGUUGCGAUAUCUGUAAUGGGCAGUUUGCUCGUCGAGAUACCCUGCAAUGUCACAAACGAACCCACACUGGUGAAAAGCCAUUUCAAUGUGAAGUCUGCCCUAAAAAAUUUGCCCGGCGGGACAAACUUCAAUGUCACAAACGGACUCAUUCGGGUGAAAAACCAUAUCACUGUGAUCUUUGCAGUGGUCAGUUUGCUAGACGAGAUACACUGUUGUGUCACAAACGAACUCACACUGGACUGAAACCUUUUGCCUGUGACCUCUGCCCUAAAAAAUUUGCUCGAUCGGAUCAAUUAACUUGCCACAAACGUACUCAUUCAGGCAUAAAACCAUUCCACUGCAAUCUUUGCCAGAGGCAGUUUGCCCAGCGGGAUAAACUUGUUUGUCACAAGCGAACACACUCUGGUGAGAGGCCAUUUGAGUGUGAUGUCUGUGGCCGCCGGUUUGCCCGCCGGGAUACCCUGCAAUGUCACAAGCGAACCCACACUGGCGACAAACCCUAUCAGUGUGAUCUGUGCAUCCAAAGAUUUGCUCGACGUGAUACGUUGCAAUGUCAUCGAAGGACCCACUCAGGAGAGAAACCAUUCAGCUGUGAGUUUUGUGGGAAGCUGUUCGCUCGCACUGACAAACUGCAGCGACAUAGGCGCACACAUGCUAGGCAACAUAGCCACCAUCAACACCAGCAUUCUCAUUCAGCAGUUGCUGCAUCUACAGUUCUACCAGCUGGCAGCUCUGGUCUAGCAUCACCAGUGGCUGUUCUCCCUCCACCUCCUGGACCAUUUGUAGUUGAGAGUAACAAUAGUUUUGCUCGACCUGGAACCACACCUCCUGCCUGUAAAAACAUCAAAGACUACACACCUGUUUCUGUGACGAACCAUCUGUGGCAAGCAAUCUAUUCAUGAAAUUCAAAUAUUUUCUCUGCCGGACAUCAGUUUCGCACCUGAAGUGCGAUGAGCAAGAUACAUUGUUAUUGCUCAAAACUUAUGCAUAUAUGCACAUAUAAAUGUAUGCUAUCAAAUAUAUAUAUAUAUAUAUAUAUAUAUAUAUAUAUAUAUAUGUAUGUAUGUAUGUAUGUAUGUAUAUAGUGUUCAUAUAUACAUAAAAAUAUCUGCUAACACAUGUAUGUUCCUAUAUACAUAGAAAUAUAUUAUCUCAUUAGCAUGUCAGUAUACACACAUAACUGUGUACUCAUACAAAUAUACAUACAUGUUCAUAUACUAGCAACUGAGGGCAAAUUAUAUCUAAAUCUGGUGAAUUUCCUUUUCCUUUGCUUGUGUUUUAACUGUGAAAACAACAUUCCUUAGAAAUUCAAAAAUGCUUGUUUCAUUUUUUUUAUAUAAUUUUUAUAUAUUCACCGUAGUUAUAUCUUUUUUUCUUUUUAUGCCUGAAUGUCAAUUUUCCAUUAUGUUAUUAAUAUUUGCAGUUUAUUGUUUGUAUUAUUGUUACUAUGGUUGUCGAUCUUAAAAUUGGUAGAGAAUCAGUUAAAAAAAUGCCUUAUGGUAUUUUUAAUUAUGUCUGUUUAUGUUCUUGGUUCAAAUCCUGCCUAAGUCAAAUCAAAGUUUACUUGGCCCUACAUUCUACUGGGGUUGAUAGAAAAAAUUCCAGUUGAAUUCUACGGUUGAGUUAGUUGACAGAAUCCUCCUCCAAAAUUUGUGCUCUUGUUCCUAUGUUAGAAAUUAUUAAUUUAAUUAAUGAAUAGUAUUUAGUUACAUCCCUUUAUGUUCUGGAUUCAGAUACUGCUGGGAGUGACUCUGCACCCUUUCCCUCAAAAUUUGUGAACCCAUGCCAAUAAAAGAAAUUACCAUUACUUAACUUCUUUUUUACCUGUGUUCCUAGGCUUUAAUUUUUGUGUUAAUGCUAAAGACUUGAGAAAAUGAAAACAAACGGAAAAUAAUCAUCAAAAUUAAUUAGUAACCAUGCAAAUUGUUUUGAUUUUUUAAUUAAUUAAAUGUCACUUUUAUAUUUUAGUUGUGUAUGUGAAUGAAUUUUAAUGCAUGCAUUUAAGAGAGAGAGAGAGUGGAUUAUCUGUGUGUGUCUUUAUAUGUGAAUGUGUUUCGUGUGUGUAUGAAUGUACUUCGUGUGUGUGUGUGCAUGUAUGUAUGUAUACACACACAUAUACAUACAUAUACAUAAUGUGAGAAAUGAUAGCACAAAACUGGAAUAAGGACUGCCAAAAUCUUCAAUCAUUAGUUGGUACCCAUUUGCCCCAGACCAGCUGUGAAUCUCAAAUAUGUCUUUUGCACAAGUGCCAUUGCAUAAAUAAUAAGCUUUGAAGUCUAUUGCAUGGGUUACAUUCCUAGCUAAGGCUACUUAUUCAAUAUCCAUUUAUGCAUCUUGGGAAAGGCAUGAACAUCCCAACAUUCAUUUUCCAAUUCUCUGAAGUCAGCUUUUCUUUAAUGGAUCUCCCUGAUUACAAAAUAUGAAGCAAUUGACUCUGUUUCACUAGUGCAUGGGAAUAAAAAAUGUCUCAAUUGAUGUAUGAUAAUAUAAACUGGUUGGUGGAUAAUAUUGGAGGUGUGUUAUUAACAACUUAAACUUAAUUUCUUAGUGUUUCAGACAACAUUUUUGUGUAUAUUAGGCAGAGUGUGUAAACUAGUUAGAGAAAUUUUAAAUAAAUCAAGCAAUAAACAAUGAUAAAUU